GGUUCCCAGCCAGAAUAUCCAACCCUCCUGUAUACUAAUAUGGAAGCAUCUGGCUCUGUGGAACUGAAGACUCUUGGUCCACAUUGCCAUGGGAAUCAGGUGGCCUCCAGUGAGAGUUACAAGAAGACCCUGGCUAGGAAGAAGCUUUGCAUGGCCUCCAUCAUCUGCCUGGUCUUUAUGAUCGGGGAGGUGAUCGGAGGCUACCUCGCUCACAGUCUAGCCAUCAUGACAGAUGCUGCCCAUCUCCUGACUGACUUUGGCAGCAUGUUGGUCAGCCUCUUCUCCCUGUGGGUCUCCUCCCGGCCCCCUACCAAAACCAUGAGCUUUGGAUGGCACCGCUCAGAAAUUCUGGGAGCUUUGGUGUCAGUGAUGUCCAUCUGGAUUGUGACUGGAGUCCUCCUGUACCUUGCUGUUCAGAGGAUUGUCGACAGAGACUAUGAGAUUGAUGGCCAUGUGAUGCUCGUAACAUCAGCAUGUGCAGUUGGUGUCAACGUCAUAAUGGCAUAUAUUCUCCAUCAGCCUUCCUCCUCUCAUGGACACACACAUGGCUCAGGGUACCGCAGGCUCAAUGUGGAAAGAGAGAGCCAUGUGCACUUGGGCAGGGAGAGCCAUGUGGCUGUGCACAACCACUCCCAUGGCUUCCUGGGUGACCAUGGCAACACUAGUGUGAGGGCUGCCUUCAUCCACGUGGUAGGGGACCUACUGCAGAGCAUGGGAGUGCUGGUUGCUGCCACAAUCAUCUACUUCCAGCCUGAAUACAAAAUAGCAGAUCCACUUUGUACUUUCCUGUUCUCGGUUUUUGCCCUUGGAACAACUGUUUCGGUUCUGAGGGAUGUGAUCAGGAUCCUCAUGGAAGGGGUGCCUCAUGGUGUCGAGUUUAACAUGGUGAAGGAGGCUCUGCUCUCACUUAAGACCGUGAAGGGUGUGCACAGCCUGCACCUCUGGGCUCUCACACAGAGCCACUCCCUGCUCUCCACCCACCUGGCUAUUGAGCCGAGUUCUGACCACCAAAGUGUCCUUCAGGAGGCCACUGAACUCCUUCAGACCUCAUUUGGCUUCUUGAGCACCACUAUCCAGCUGGAGCUGUACUCGCAGGACAUGGACCACUGCGCACAGUGUCAGGAUCCCACUGAUUGA